AUGUUCCCAGCUGCAUCCCUGCUGACGAUUCUCCUCCUAGCCUUGUCCAUCACGGCAUCGCCGGUUGAGAUUCGUGACUCCCCCAUUACUCUCCCCAUCGCCAGAAGGCUAAACACAUCUGGUGGUACCAUCAACCUCUUGCAGCACGACCAAUCUCGCGCGACCGCUCUCAAAACUGUCGACAGAGACACUCUCAGCCGUCGUACUGGUAACACUGUCGCAACAAAUGAUGUUGUAUGCUACACCGCAGCAGUUGGCAUUGGCGACCCCGCCACGAUCUAUAAUUUGCUUGUCGACACUGGUAGCUCACUCACAUGGGUUAGCGCUGCCUCGUACGUGAAGACCAGCACUAGCGUUGACACUGGACGGCCUAUAUCAAGCUCUUACGGUUCUGGAACUGAGUACACCGAUACCGUCACUCUCGGUAAUCUCACCAUCAUCCAGCAGCCAAUCGGUGUUAUUUCCGAGUCUACUUUUACGGGCAUCACCGUCGGUGUCAUUGGCAUCGGGCCCCUAGACUUGACAGAGGGUAUCCUGGGAGGUUCACCACCCACUGCGACGAUCCCAACUGUCACUGACAACCUAUAUAUCCAAGACAUGAUUUCGCAGAUAGUUGUUGGUGUCUCUUUCGAGCCCACAACUUCGGAGUCAGACACCAACGGAGAGCUCACCUUCGGUGGAAUUGAUGCUACCAAGUACACUGGUGCCGUUGCGUACACUCCUCUUACUACCACUGAACCCGCAUCCUACUACUGGGGCAUCAACGAGAGCAUCACUUACGGCUCCACGACCAUCUUGUCUGAGACGGCCGGUAUUGUUGACACUGGCACUACUCUCAUCCUCAUUGCCUCUAACGCCUUCAGCGCGUACCAGUCUGCAACCGGUGCUAUCGAGGACGAGACGACUGGUCUUCUCCUCAUUACAUCUACCCAGUACAGUGCACUCAUGAACCUGAACUUCAAUGUCGGCAAUAACACCUAUGCUCUCACCCCCAACGGCCAGAUCUGGCCUCGUGCCCUUAACACCUAUAUCGGUGGCAGUACCAACUACAUCUACCUCAUCAUCAACGACCUUGGCACUCCCAGUGGUGAAGGUCUCGACUUCAUCAACGGCUACACUUUCCUUGAGCGCUUUUACUCCAUAUUCGAUACCACCAACUCUCAAGUCGGUUUUGCCACGACCGCAUACACGACUGCCACCACCAAUUGA